AUGCCCGCGUCAACCCCAAGCAGAGUCGUUAACAUUGGACUCCUCGGCUGCGGCGAGGUCGCCCAGGUUGUCUACAUUCCCACGUUAUCCCUCAUGAGCGACUGGUUUCGAAUCACCUAUCUAUGUGACAUCUCUCCAGCUUCACUCGAGCACUGCGCGGCCAAGCUCAACAACGUCCCGGCGACCACCAGCAACCCUACCGAGCUUUGUAAGUCUGAUCAAGUCGAUGUUGUGGUGGUAGUUAGCUCGGACGAGUAUCACGCUUCCCACGCCAUCUUGGCUCUUGAACAUGAUAAGCACGUUCUGGUGGAGAAACCUGUAGCACUCACGAGGCGAGAUGCCCUGGCUAUCGCAGAGGUUGAGAAGCGCAGCAGGGGUAGAGCCAUGGUUGCGUAUAUGAGGCGAUAUGCUGCGCCGUUUGAGGAUGCAGUCCGGGAAAUUGGAGGCAUGGACAAGAUCCUGUACGCGCGAGUGCGAGACAUCAUCGGACCCAACUCUCACUUUGUGAAUCAAUCUGGGACUUUCCCCAAAAAGGUUGCCGACUUUUCUGCUGCAGACACCGCAGACAAGGACUCACGAGCGAAAGAGAUGGCGGAGACUGCCCUCAAAGACGAAUGCGGCGUUCAUCAAUCUCCUGAAUCAACUCUCAUGUGGCGCAUCUUUGGUGGUCUCGGUUCUCAUGACCUGUCACUUAUGAGGGAAGCUCUCGGAAUGCCUGAAAAGGUCGUCGGUUCUUCUCUUGGGUUUCCCUUCUGGAAGUACGUCUCCCUGGCUACGGACCUGAUCGAGAAAAACAAUGCUAACGAGAACACCCUGUAUAGCGUCCUGUAUAAAUACCGAAACUUUACAGUAUCAUACGAGUCGGGAAUUGACAAUGUUCCUCGCUUCGAUGCCCAUCUGGAAGUAUACGGCACCGACAGGACGGUCAAGGUCCAAUACGAUACGCCAUACGUCAAAGGCCUGCCCGUGACUAUGCACAUUGCUGAAAACGCAGACGGAGUUUAUAAGGAAACCACUAUUCGGAAGUCUUAUGAGGAUCCGUAUACUCUAGAGCUGAAAACGCUUUGGGAAAUGGUUGUGGACGGAAAGCAGCCGAAGACAACAGUAGAAGAUGCUUUGCAGGAUAUUGAGAUUUUUGCGAUGGCGAUGCGUCACGGAUAUGGUGUAGGACAUUAG